AUGCAGAGAAGGCUGCCAACAUCCCAAAUGAAGUUCCAUGCAAUUGAGCAAUCGUUGCGGAAACCUCAAACAAGAAAGAUACCGAGGAUAGCCUUACUGGUGGCCUUUGCGAUUAUUUUAUCAGUCAUCUCCAUUUAUUCUCCUUCGAUAAGAUAUAGAACUAGUAAUCUAGCAAAAUCACCUCCCAAUCUUGUUUCUGUUGAAGAGGAAUCACUAAAGCCUACAACUACUCAGUUGACGAAAAAUGGUGACCUGUGUCGUGAUGACAAUUCACCUCUGUGUCAUGGUAGAGAUAGUGAAGAAGAAUUGCAAAAUCCGAAAAAGGGGGUAGAGGAGGAACCAGCAAAGCAUGUUGGGGAGUCUGAGGUUAGAAAGUCAACAGGAACAGAGGUAAAGGAAGAAUCUGUAAAGAAUGAGGAGCAUUCGCAGGAUGUCACCAAGAGGGAAGAAGAGGACUCACCAAUCCGUGAAGAAGAAUCUGAGGCUGCAAAAUCAUCAGAAACACAGGCACGGGAAGCAGAAAGGAACGAGGACAACUCAGAAAAGCCUGAAGAUGGGGAAGUUGCAGCUGCUAAAGUUGAAGCACAAAACGUAUCUAAAAGGGAGGAAGAGGAAUCACCAGUCCAUGAACAAGAAUCUGAUAUUACUAAGUCACCAGAAACAAAGGCACAGGAGGUGACCGAAGGGAAAAAUGAGUUCCCUGACAAGCCUAAGGAGGAGGGUACCCAGACUACGAAAUCAUCUGCAAUAGUAACACAAGAAGCACCACAAUAUGAAAAUUGUGACUUAUUUACUGGGGAAUGGGUCCCUAACCCUGAGGGACCUUAUUACACAAACUCGACGUGUUAUGCAAUCCAAGAUCAUCAGAAUUGCAUGAAGCAUGGAAGGCCUGAUACUGACUUCUUAAAGUGGAGGUGGCAACCAGAUAGUUGCGAGCUUCCAGUUUUUGAUCCACACAAGUUCUUGGAAUUUGUCAGGGGAAAGUCUAUCGCUUUUGUUGGAGACUCUGUUGCUAGGAACCAUGUGCAGUCAUUGAUGUGCCUCUUGACCAGGGUCCUUUAUCCUCACGAAAUUUCAAAUUCAACAGAUGAGAACAGAAUAUGGGAAUACAAAGAAUACAACUUCAAGGUGUCAAUAUUGUGGGCUCCCUAUUUGGUAAGAUCAGUGGAAGUUACUAAUCCAAAUGAUGGAUACCGCUCUUUCAAUCUAUUCCUUGAUGAGCCUGAGCAGUGGUCAAACCAGAUUAAAGAUUAUGACUAUGUUAUCAUCUCGGCUGGGCAUUGGUUCCCUCGUCCAUCGAUGUUCUACGAGAAUGGCACUUUGAUGGGAUGCCUGUACUGCCCGAAUGCUCCUCAUUAUACAACCUCUUUUAGUUAUCAGAGGGCCUGGAGAACAGCUUUGAAAGCCAUCAACAGUAUAAACUAUAAGGGUGUGACAUUUCUUAGGACGUUUGCUCCCGAGCACUUUGAAAAUGGAACCUGGGACACAGGUGGUAACUGUGCAAGGACAAGACCGUUUAAGAGAAGUGAAACUACUUUGACUGGUGGAGCCCUAAACUUCUACACGAUCCAGCUGGAGGAACUUAAAAUUGCUCAAGAAGAGGGGGAAAAGAAUGGACUAAAAUUUAGGUUACUGGAUGCCACAAAAACUAUGCUGCUCAGACCUGAUGGUCACCCCAGUAGAUAUGGUCAUGAGCCUACUCAGGCCGUGGAAAUGCCGAAUGAUUGUGUGCAUUGGUGUUUGCCUGGACCGAUUGACUCCUGGAAUGACUUUCUGCUGGAGUUGAUGAAAAGAGAGGAAAGUAAAAGGUCAGUUACCUGA